CCACAUUUCUUCCUUCUGAAGAUAAUUAGAAGAUCUGAAAGCAGCUCAGCACCAGAAGGAGAAACCUGUUUGGCUGCUCGUGCAUCCUUGUGUCUUCUUUCAGUUAACAUGAGAUUAUAAUAAUUACUAAACUAGAACAGAUUGUCUGUGUUUUCUGGCUGUUUCAGCUCGUCUUCAGUGACUCAGUAACUGUUGUUCCUGUGCUGGUUUUCUGGAGGGAAAUGUUUGUGUUUGCAACCUGUGAUUCUGCUGCACUCUGCUGUUUUAUUUUUAAGGGGAAAUAAUUCUUCGAUAGUGACGUUCAGCUCUUAAGAAAGUUUUACAUUUGCACGUUUUAGCGAGUGUUUCUGUGGAACGUGGUGGGUAGAAAGUGUCGGGGCUCCUCGGAGACAUCACGUCUUCGUCUGUCAGUACUGCUGCUGAUUCACUUUAUGUAUCACAUGUAGCUGCUGGGCGGGAACUCGCUGUCACCCACAAUCCACUGAGAGCUCGUCAGUUUGGGCUGCAGCAGGUCGGACUUUGGGUUAAACCGCUGAGCGUUUGGUUGCAGCUUUCUCUUCUUCAGACUCUGUAAAAACAUUGAAAGUAGAUGAGAAAUACCUGGAAUUCAUUCCGGGGCAGAAAUACAGGUUUAUUCUCACACUGCUCAGCAGACAAGGUUUUGGGUGCCGGCCAAAAGGAAAAGCAUUAAUAUGAACUGUUUCUGAGUCUGUCAGGUGUAACCUCUGGAGCAGGUUAUGUUUAGAUAGAAAGGGUGUUUGCUGAGGUUUGGAUCAGUGUUUGUGUCUUCCAGGAAAACAAAAUCUUUCAGGUUUUUACAAUUUAGUAAGGAAUUUUGUUUGUUGAAGUGGAGGUUUGAUUAGAUUUGACUGUUGGGAAUCGGUUGCAAUAUCAGCAUUCCCAUGCGUCCCGCAAAACCUGGAAAUUUAGAGACUAUUUCUUCAUGCUUUCUCUCAUUUAAAGGCUUUAUAACACGACACUGGCGCACAGCAAGAAGAAGAACAAGAACACAGUUUUUGAAGAAGUAGUGUAACACUGCACUGUAAACCUCAGCCAAGUGUUUUUAAAUAGCUCCUCUUUGUGACAUGAAAAAUGAGCUGACAAAGUAAUGAAAGUUUUUUUUUUCCUCCUCAUUGUGAGUGAAAGUGAAAAGAGGCUUUGUUCUGUUUUUAAACCUUGUGGGGUUGUGUUUUUUUUUUUGACGUAGCUGCUGUCUUUAAACGCUGCCAGGAUGCUGUCAGCUUCCUCUCCCGCUGUGGUCUCUGGCCCUCCUCUGCCCGCUGGAAGGAGAUAAUCAUCACCGCGCACGACAAUAAGCAUCUGAUUGUGGAAGUGUUCACAGUGGAGGUUGUCUGAAGCUGUCAGACGCUGCGAUUGAAGCUUUCCGAGAGACAACCCUCCAGUGAAGAUGAGACCAUGGUCCCAGUACUAACCUCCAAAAAAGCCAGCGAACUCCCUGUCAACGAAGUAGCGUGUAUCCUGCAGGCCGACCUGCAGUUGGGUCUGACCCAGGAGGAGGUGAGCAGGAGGAGAGCCUACCACGGCUGGAAUGAGUUCGACAUCAGCGAGGAGGAGCCGCUAUGGAAGAAAUACAUCUCACAGUUCAAAGAUCCUCUCAUCCUGUUGCUGUUGGCGUCGGCCGUCAUCAGCGUCCUCAUGCACCAGUUCGAUGACGCCAUCAGCAUCACCGUGGCCAUUAUCAUCGUAGUGACGGUUGCUUUUGUCCAGGAGUAUCGCUCAGAGAAGUCUCUAGAAGAGCUCGGGAAGCUGAUGCCUCCAGAAUGUCACUGUGUCAGGGAUGGGAACCUGGAGCACCUGCUGGCCAGAGAGCUGGUUCCCGGAGACACCGUCUGUCUGUCGGUGGGAGAGAGAGUCCCAGCAGACCUCCGCCUCUUCGAGUCGACCGACUUGACCGUGGACGAGUCCAGUCUGACGGGGGAGACCAGCCCCUGCUCCAAGUACACCUACCACCAGCCAGCAACCACCAACGGAGACAUCGCCUCCCGCAGCAACAUCGCCUUCAUGGGGACUCUGGUGCGCUGCGGCAAGGCCAAGGGCAUCGUCAUCGGAACCGGAGAGAACUCAGAAUUCGGGGAGGUGUUCAAGAUGAUGCAAGCAGAAGAGGCUCCUAAGACCCCGUUACAGAAGAGCAUGGACCUGCUGGGGAAGCAGCUCUCGCUCUAUUCCUUCGGCAUCAUAGGGGUCAUCAUGCUGGUGGGCUGGCUGCAGGGGAAGAGGACCCUGGACAUGUUCACCAUCGGUGUCAGCCUGGCUGUAGCUGCCAUCCCAGAGGGUUUACCCAUCGUGGUGACGGUAACGCUGGCGCUCGGUGUGAUGCGCAUGGUGAAGAAAAGAGCCAUCAUCAAGAAGCUUCCCAUCGUAGAAACUCUGGGCUGCUGUAACGUCAUCUGCUCAGACAAGACGGGAACUUUGACCAAGAACGAGAUGACGGUCACUCAGCUGUUCACGUCAGACGGACUCCACGCUGAGGUGACGGGCGUCGGCUACAACGGAGCGGGGGAGGUUUUACUGGACGGAGAGAUCAUCCACGGCUUCUCGUGUCCUUCAAUCAGCAAGAUCGUGGAGGUUGGCUGCGUGUGUAACGACUCAGUCAUCAGGAAUCACGCUCUGCUGGGACGACCGACGGAGGGAGCGCUCAUCGCCCUCGCCAUGAAGAUGGGUCUGGAGAGCCUCCAGCAGGAGUACGUCCGUCUGGAGGAGCACCCGUUCACCUCGGAGCAGAAGUGGAUGGCUGUUCGCUGUGUUCACCGCACGCUGCAGGAUAAGCCUGGAGUUUACUUCAUGAAGGGAGCGUAUGAGCAGGUGAUCCGUCACUGCAGCUCCUACAGCAGCAGAGGAAGCACACUGUCACUGAACCACCAGCAGAGGGAGCUCUUCCAGCAGCAGAUCAGCUACAUGGGCAGCGCCGGUCUGAGAGUGCUGGCGUUUGCGUCGGGUUCUGAGCUCGGGAACCUGACCUUCCUGGGUCUGGUGGGCAUCAUCGACCCACCGAGGUCAGGGGUCAAAGAAGCUGUGGGGACACUGAUCAGCUCCGGGGUCGCCAUCAAGAUGAUCACCGGAGACUCCCAGGAGACCGCCGUGUCCAUAGCCAGUCGGUUGGGUCUGUACUCUAAAGGCUGUCAGUGUUUGUCCGGAGACGAGGUGGAUCAGCUCGACCUGCAGCAGCUCUCAAACAUCGUCCCCAGAAUUGCCGUGUUUUAUCGAGCCAGUCCGAGACACAAGCUGAAGAUCGUCAAGUCCCUCCAGAACAUCGGCGCCGUGGUGGCCAUGACGGGCGACGGGGUGAACGACGCCGUGGCUCUGAAGGCCGCAGACAUCGGCGUGGCGAUGGGCCAGACGGGCACCGACGUCUGCAAGGAGGCGGCCGACAUGAUCCUGGUGGACGACGACUUCCAGACCAUCAUGUCGGCCAUCGAGGAGGGAAAAGGAAUUUACAACAACAUUAAAAACUUUGUCCGCUUCCAGCUGAGCACGAGUAUUGCGGCUCUGACGCUCAUCUCCUUGGUGACCCUGAUGAACUUCCCCACGCCGCUGAACGCCAUGCAGAUCCUGUGGAUCAACAUCAUCAUGGACGGGCCUCCCGCUCAGAGUUUGGGCGUUGAGCCUGUGGACCAGGACGUGAUCAGAAAGCCUCCUCGUAACGUGAGAGACAGCAUCCUCACUCGCAGUCUGAUCGUCAAAGUCCUGGUGUCGGCGUUCGUCAUCGUCUGCGGGACGCUGUUUGUCUUCUGGAGAGAGUUGCAGGACAACGUGAUCACUCCUCGAGACACCACCAUGACCUUCACCUGCUUCGUCUUUUUCGACAUGUUCAACGCUCUGAGCUCUCGUUCACAGACCCGUAUGGUCCACGAGAUGGGUCUGUGCAGCAACAGGACGUUCUGUUACGCCGUCCUGGGCUCCAUCAUGGGCCAGCUCCUCGUCAUCUACUUCCCUCCUCUGCAGAACGUCUUCCAGACGGAGAGCCUGAGCUUCUUCGACCUGCUGUUUCUCGUGACCCUUACCUCCUCGGUGUGCGUGGUGUCCGAGGUCAUCAAGAUGGUGGAGCGGUGGAGGGGAGUCGAGAGGAGCCCGCCCGCCGACUGCUUCCACGAGGUAUGACCCGCCCUCCCUCCUCGCCCCCGGGGCAGAAGGACUCUGAGGUUUGGAGGAAGACGAGGAGGAUGAAGUGUGUUUAGGAUCUCACAACCGAUGGCACUGACUAAUUAAGACUGCAAGGACUUGUGGGAUUUUCCUGUGAGGAGAAACUCUGGUCUGGGACUGGAGGAAGCUCCCGGCCUCAGAGAGCAGUUGUUGGGGAGGACGAGGUGGCUGCUGGGAGAACUGACCUCUGACCUGUGGAGGGUUUUUAAUGCGGAUCUGCCGCCGACCGACCACAACCCUCCGGCUCCAGUUCGCUCCUCGUUGCCCCUCCGAAGAUUAGAGAUGUGUAGUUGUUGUUUUUUUUUUUAAUCUAUCGUUUAGAAGGUGUUGACCACUACUCGGUUCGCUUUUCACGGUUGGACGCGGAAAACUUAAAACAUGUGAGAAGAAAUGUUUUGAUUCCUCUGUAGGUGGUUUAUGGUGGAGGUGUAUCGGUACAACAUUCAUGGUUUAGGGUUUUGUAUGUUUAAUUUCUUUAGCGAAAGCAAACCGCAAACAGAUCUACUGUAUGGAGGACUAAAGGUGCCAUUAUAAUAAAUUAUUUAAUUACUUAUUUGAAUAUAUGAAAUAAUAAAGACAUAAUUGUGUAAAUAAAAAAUUAUCAAAUAAAUGUGCAGGUAUUUAAAGAUAAAUGAAUAUGCACAGAAAUAUAUAUAUAUAAAUAUAUGUAUUUAUUUGACAAAUUAGGUAUUUUUAUAUUUAUUUAAUUUCAUAUUUAAUUAUUUCCCAAUUUAUUCAUUUCGUUAUUUAUUUAUUUAUAUGCCUAAAUAGUCAAGAUACGCACUCUCGUUAACGUAUGUGUGAAGAUAUACAGAAAUAAAUAAACAAAUAGGAAACAGAAUAAAUAAAAACAUAAAUAAAUGUAAACAGAUCGGAUAAAUAUGAAAAUAAAUAAUAGAAACAUAAAUAAUUUGUCAAAUUAAAAAAAAUCUAUUUCUGUGCAUAUUUUAUCUGUAAUUAACUUGUUCAUUUAUUUGAUAAUUGAAGCUUUUAUUUCCACAUUUCUGUCUUUAUUAUUUCAUGUAUUAAUUAAGUCAUUUAUUUAUCUGUUUAUCAUAACAGCAACUUUGGUCCUCCAUACUUACAGGUCUUAAUUUAUGCUGUAAAAUUUAAACGUUUACAUAUAAUCAAUUAUUUAAAGUAAAACUGAGGCAGUAAUAAUAGUUGUAAUAAGUGUGUUCACAUAAAGUAACGUUAGAGCAUAUGAAGCUUUAAUCUUUAUGGAGGUCUGUGGCUGCCAAUAUCAAAGUGAAAUAAUUUAAUCAAAUCAAGUUUCUUCGUCAAUAAAAGAAUCUCCGACUGCGUUUUAUUUAAAAGAACACUGAUAUUAUAAAUUUUACGUCAUUAAGGCUAAAAUCAGGAUUUAAUUUCAAGAGUUCAUCGUCUGCUGAUGUUUAGAUUAAGCCAGUCUUAUGUUUAAGAGUAGACUGAAAAAAUAUUAUUUUUUUUGAAUUUUGUUUGAAUUUUGUCACACGAGCGGAAAACUUGAGUUGUUGUUAUCUUGUUUGAGCGAUUUAAUCUUUAUGUUUGCAGCCACAGACUUCCAUACAUGAUGACUGUGUCUGGUCACAUGUUGUUAGACGUGAAAUUAUUUCACACUUUUGUCGAUAUAGAAACACUUUUUGAGAUGUGCUAUACGCUAGCUCGUCUGUGUAGAAGACAACCACAUUGAAAUUAUCUCUUAAUCGUCCUCAAAAUGUGGUUGUCUUUUCAACACAACUAGCCUAGCACAUAGCAUAUCUAACUAGGUCCCCAAAAAGGGGCGGGGCUUAGGAAGGUGACACCUUUAAUCUGGUACCUGCCGUUUGAUUCGGGUAUUUCCAGAGACUUUAUCUGACUUGAGUCAAACGAUGCUGACACUAGUUUUCUGUUUGUAUAGUUUGUAAAUGAUAUCGGAGGUUCUUCCUGCUCGGCUUUUUCUUUUCACCAAACCUAAUGAUGCUAAAGUUAGCUCACCUGAGUAGCCUGAUUUAGCUAACUGGCGCUCGUUUCAGUCGGAGCGAACACAAAUCAGAACAGAACUAAAAGUAAAUCAGCAAAUCUUUCCUUUCUCUUUGUUCCAGACCGACUGAACCAAAGUACGGGUGUGAGAGUUUAGAGACGUACCCUUACACCUCCACUACACGGGCUUGUUUCUGGGAUCCAUAUAUUAUGUUUCAUGCUACUUCCUCUACACACACUGGUUUAUUUAAAUUCAGAUGGUUUCAGUUGUACAGCUGACGACACUUUUCUGUCAUAUUUAAGCUCUUUCACACUCGCCACCUUGUGCAUAAGAACAUCCCGAUGCUAAACGUUGGAAUUAGGCCUCAAAACCACCGACGGUAACACAACGCUGCCGCUUCAGGGUACAAACACACUUCAGUAACGACGCUUUCUCAUCCUGUGCCUUAGAGAAGUCAUCGAUCAUUUUAAUUAACUCCACGUUGGUGGAAAGAAGCCCUUUACUGACCAAUGGCUGUUCUGUUCAAUCCGUUUCAGCACUUCAAUGAUUUUUAAAAAGCUGAAUAUUAGCUUCUCAAUCAGGAUUUACUUCCACUCCUCCACCUUUAAAUCAGUGUAGACAAGGUGCUUUCUGGGAAAUGUAGUUGAUUUGGCUAUCUUGUUGAUGAAAGUUUGAUUUAUUUUUAAUUUUGCACAUAAAAACAAGAAGAUUAGAAAAGAAAAUCCCUUCACGCUGUUGUUUCCACAGCCGAUAUCGAAGACCAAUCUUUUCAUUAUAUUUGACAUUUAUAAUAUGAAAUAAAAGAUUAUUUAUCUGAUGAAAACACAACGACAGGUUUUCCUUUUUCCAGGUUUUAUAACUGUAACAAAAGCUUUAACGAUGAAUCGGUGAGAUUUUAUUACUGAAUGAGCAAAUCACAAGAAAACUUAUUAAAGGAAAUUUACUGUUUUUACAACCUGAGUCUUAUUUUUGUAACUUUUCCAUCCUUAACCUGCAUCAUCAAGAAAUAAGUCAAUACAAUACCGGUGAAUUAUUGGUCCUAUAUGUCCUGUAUUGUCAAUAAAAACUCUGGGAAAUGAA